CAGUGAGAAUACUCGUAUGAAGCAGUAGUGGAAAAAAACACACCAGCUGAUUUGGUUCUUGCUGUAUAGUGGAUACUUAUCUAACAAAAUAAUAAACUAAGAAAAGUGUAAAAAAAAAUAAUAGAACAAAAUGAUUUCCCAAAAUCUAUUAAGCAAAUUGCGUCCACUAGUGACAAGAGCUAGUUUUGCCACCAAAGCAAGUGAACCAAAAUACAAUUGGCAGGAUCCAUUAAAUUUGGAAUCGCAACUAACCGAAGAUGAAAUUGCCAUACGCGAUUCUUUCCGUAACUACUGUCAAACUACUCUAUUACCCAGAGUGACCAAAGCCAAUCGUGACGAAAUAUUUGAUAAAGCCAUUAUGGAAGAAUUUGGUGAACUCGGAGCUCUGGGCUGUACUCUCAAUGGUUACGGCUGUGCUGGUGUUUCCAAUGUAGCCUAUGGUUUGUUGACACGCGAAGUUGAACGUGUCGAUUCUGCUUAUCGUUCAGCCAUGAGCGUCCAGAGCUCUUUAGCUAUGGGUGCAAUUUACGACUAUGGUACAGCUGAACAAAAAGACAAAUAUUUACCACUUAUGGCUCAAGGAAAAUUAAUUGGUGCUUUCGGCCUUACUGAACCUAAUCAUGGCAGCGAUCCCGCUGGCAUGGAAACUAGAGCCAAAUAUGAUAGUAAAAGCAAAUGUUAUAUUUUAAACGGUUCCAAAACAUGGAUUACAAGUUCUCCCAUUGCUGAUGUUAUUAUUGUUUGGGCAAAAGGAGAAGAUGAUAAAGUGCGUGGAUUCAUAGUUGAUCGUUCACAGUCAACAAAAGGUUUAGCCACCCCCAAAAUCGAAGGCAAAUUUUCUUUAAGAGCCUCUGCUACAGGCAUGAUUCUUAUGGAUGAUCUUCACGUACCCGAAGAGAAUUUAUUACCAAAUGUUGUUGGCUUCAGAGGACCAUUCGGUUGCCUGAACAAUGCUCGUUAUGGUAUUGCAUGGGGUGCUUUAGGUGCUGCAGAGGCAUGUGUCGAAGUUGCUCGUCAGUACACUUUGGAUCGUAAGCAAUUCAAACGUCCCUUGGCAGCAAAUCAAUUGAUACAGAAAAAGUUUGCCGACGCUUCCACGGAAAUUGCUCUUGGCUUACAAGCCUGUUUGCAAGUUGGCCGUCUCAAGGAUAAGAAACAUCACACACCUGAAAUGAUUUCAAUGAUCAAACGUAAUAAUGCCGGCAAAGCCUUGGAAAUUGCCCGCAUCAUGCGUGAUACAUUGGGUGGCAAUGGUAUUGCCGAUGAAUACCACAUCAUACGUCACGUUAUGAAUCUAGAAGCUGUCAAUACUUAUGAAGGCACACAUGAUAUUCAUGCUUUGAUUUUAGGUCGUGCCAUUACCGGCAUUGCCGCCUUUGCCAAUUAAAAUAUAUGUACAUUAAAAUUAUAACAAACUUUGCAUUUAUAGGUUUUAUAUGUACUUUGUAUUGAAACUUUUUGUGUUUUUGUUUAUAGACUAAUAAACCGUAAUUAUGAAUUUAAGAUUUAAAAGAAUGAAAA